UCGGUUCUCACAUAUGGUAUGAAUGGAAUGGGUGAACGCUAUCUGUCUUCUUGAACGCUAUCAGUCUUCUGCUGCAGACGACAGCCGAUUUUGGAACAGCUAAAGGAAGAAGUGAUGGAUAAAAUAAUGUCCAGGCAUCUCACGGUGAAUCCAAGUUUUCUACCUGCGUCGAAUCACUGCGUACUGAAGUCUCUAUUGGAGAACCCCAUGAAGCUACCCUUCCUCAAACAUGAACACCAAAAUGAAGUGCUUUCUCUAGGGUUUGGGAAGGAGCGAGAGAAGGAGAAGAAUUUGGAUGAGGAGAGGAGUGCCCCACAGUCAGCCUUCCUUGGCCCCACGCUGUGGAACAAGACUCUCCCCUACGAUGAGGACAAUUUCCAGCUGGAGUACAUGGAUCUGGACGAGUUCCUGUCGGAAAAUGGCAUUCCGUCUGAUCUCGCCCCCGCCGUCCACCGUGACCAGCACCAAUCACAGUCCCAGCACCAGACGUCAAGUAGGUCACAAGCCCCGACCACACCGUCGCCCUCGGUGAUCGACCUUAGCAACCAUGCCAGCGCAUCGACAUUGGUACACACAAGCAUGGGCGCACAGAACUGUCUCCGUAGUCUCACCAGAACAGCCCUGCCAUCCAGAAACACUCCCAGCCCCAUCGACCCAGAGUCCGUCCAGGUGCCGAUGAGUUAUGAGCCCGACCCUGCUGACCUGGCCCUGUCCAGUGUACCGGGACAGGAGAUGUUCGACCCCCGCAAAUGCAAGUUUGCCCCCGAGGAGCUCAAACCACAGCCCAUGUUCAAGAAGGCUCGCAAGGUGUUAUUCCCUGAUGACAUGAAGGAUGACAGGUAUUGGGUGAGGCGUAAGAAGAACAACGUGGCUGCCAAGAGGUCACGGGACGCCCGUCGGCUCAAAGAGAACCAGAUCGCCAUCCGAGCGGGUUUCCUGGAAAAAGAGAAUUCAGCACUGAGGAUGGAGGUGGGCGACCUGAGGAGAGAGCUGGGGCGCACCAAAAACAUAGUGGUCAAGUACCAGGCCACACACGGACCUCUGUAAUGGGACUGAGACAGAAUACACUCAAACACAGAUAGCAACUACACACACACACACACACACACACACAAAAUAUGAGGCUGAGAGGCUGAGCUUACAGCUGUCUGAGACAACCACCCAAUCAAUCCCCCCAUUUAUCUCACCCAUGUCUGUCUCUGAUUGGCACUUUAGAGUGAAAGCGGAUAACGUUGUGUAAAGUGUGAGUAUGAAACGGAAUGUGUUUCCUUUAUUUCUGGGUUAUGUGUUUUUAAUUUGAUUAUUUUCUUUCUUAUAUAAAUUUAUCCACACAUGGCUAAUGUUUUUAUUUGUUAUUUUCCUUACACGGUGGUUUGUACAUAUUGUCCACAGCGUUUUCUGUGGCAUUUCAUUUUUUUAUGAAUAUGUAUGUUGAAUGUUAUGUUACCUACCCUUAUCCAACUCCCUCUUGAUCCAGCACAUCUGUUAUCGUCUGUUGAUGAUCUUGUGUCUGUGGUUGCCAUGGUUUUCUAUGGUUUCCAUACUGUAAAUAUAGGUUAUGUCAGCUGAGAUGUCUCCGCUGACAUUACCUGUCCCACUUCAUCCAGCUUUCUUUUUAAUCCACCCCCCCUUUCUUAUGCUUUGACAGAGAUAAGCUGUUUGCACUGCUCACACUUUGAAACCUCUCUAAUGCCUACAUACCGCUAGCCUGGGUACCCAACUGUUUCUCAUUAGGCAACAGCAUGUUAGCUAACGCAGAGACAGACUGGCAUCCAGGCAAGCAUUCUAUGAUGUCAGCUUUGUCAUUUGUUCAUUUCGUUCACAUGGCAGUGUUAUGACCAGGCAGGUCACCUGUGAUACAAGUCAGUAUUUGACGUCUAUCCAUGUCUGAGGACGUCGGGAGAUGAUGUGGAAAACAGCCACAAGGGGCAACAGUGAGCCCUGUUACUAACAAGAAGGUUUUGGUUUUGCUACGAUGUUGCGGAUGGGUGUAAGCAUCUGCCUCUGAUUCCAAAGGUUGCAUGUUUGAAUCCAGCGAUAGAAAGAUGUUUUUAUAUUUUUGUUUUAUCCCUAACCGAUCCCUAACCUUAACCAUUCAGAGUUAAUGCCUAAACUUAACCUUAAACACUUUGAAAUUUGACGUUUGGAUCAACUUAGAAAUAUGACGAUUGAGAAACAUGUAUGGAUGUCUUAUUGUGAUGUAAGACUGUGAGAGCUUGUAGGUUUUGACAGUGUUAUUUAUAACUUUGUUAACACAGGUUGUUUCUGUCAGUUACCUGUCACCAGAUCAUUGUUUCACCAUGUUGUACAGACCAACUGUCGGAAGCUAAAGCAAUAAGCCCAUAAAGCAGUAGGGUCUUGGUCUCCUAUCUACCAAGCUUACUGUCACAGACACGCAUGGAACGACCCUCUUUAUUUAAUUUGUAAUUACUUGUAUUAACAUAUAAUCUGGCAUGUUUAUUUCCUCUUCAAGCAUUCAAAUUUGAACAUUAUCAGCAUCCAUGCAAUAGACAAUAGACGUUAUCAUUUUCUUUUACUCUUCCCGAGCAUGACUUUUCUCUGUCAGUGUCCGUAUUAAGACAGCCUCUCAGUCCUGCUCAGAUUGAAAGAAGUCCUACUGAGACUGUCCUAGUAUGGACACUGCACAGAUGCUCUCUGUGACCCAACGAGAUGAAUGUAACAGAUGUACUACAGUAUAUAACAAACACAGGAGGUUGGUGGCACCUUAAUUGGGGAGAACGGGCUCGUGGUAAUGACUGGAGUGGAAUCAGUGGAAUGGUAUCAAACACAUGGUCUGCAGGUGUUUGAUGCCUUUCCAUUUGCUCGGUUUCUGCCAUUAUUAUGAGCCUUCCUCCCCUCAGCAGCCUCCCCUGAUAACAGUCACACAGUACGUUGGGCGAAUGAAUGGUGUUGCCUAUACAGUACGGUGGAAUAUACCCUAAUCACUUUAUAUCUUUACUACAGACCAAAACAUUUCAGUAUACAAAGGAUAUCUUGAUAUAUUAAAGGUUUUAUUGUUUAUACAAAGAUAUUCAUGUUUUUGUACAGUAUUUUUCCCAACAUAUAUAUUUCUUGUGUAUUUUAAAAAUAAACUAUGUAUAUUAAGAACUUGUUCACUUUUAACAAAAGCUGUUUUUUAGAUACUUUGCCUGGACAUUACUAAAGACCACAUUACAAAUGAAA